AUGGGUGAGAAAAAUAUGACCGUGACCACAGUAAUCCUCUUUGAAGGGUUUCACAUUCCGGAAAAAAAUACAUUUUUGGUCUUUUUGCUCUUUCUAAUAAUUUAUUGCAUAACACUAUGUGGGAACCUCUUGAUCAUCACACUUGUGUCCUACAGCAAAACCCUCCAAUCUCCCAUGUACUUCUUCCUUGCUCAGCUUGCUGUAUCAGAUAUCUUAUUAACAACUGAUGUUCUUCCUAACACACUCCAUGCUGCUUUGGUGGAAAAUACUAUGAUAGUAUCAAUUUCUGAUUGUAUUGCCCAGUUUUAUUUUUUUGCUGCCACAGAAACACUGGAAUGUCUUCUUCUGACAGUGAUGUCUUAUGACAGGUAUUUGGCCAUCUGUAAGCCAUUGCAUUAUACCUUGUUAAUGAAUCACCAGCUUUGCUGGAUAAUGAUCAUCAUAUGCUGGACUUUAAGCUUUGUAACAGAAUUUGUUCACACUUUAACCGUAUCAAAAUUACAAUUUUGUAACUCCAAUGUCAUUGAUCACUUUUUCUGUGAUCUUGACCCGAUUCUACAACUCUCCUGCUCAGAUACAAGCAUUGCUCAACUAGAAGCAACAGUACUGAGUGUCGUUUUUGCUAUCAUCCCAUUCUUUGUCAUCAUUGUAUCAUAUGUUUACAUUAUAGUCACCAUUUUUGAAAUCCCAUCCAUCACUGGGAGACAAAAAGUUUUCUCAACAUGCAGCUCCCACCUGACUGUUGUGUCCAUAUUUUAUGGUACCAUUGUUUGUGUUUAUUUGGUACCUAGUAGAGGACAGUCAUGGAACAUCACUAAAUACCUGUCAUUACUGUACACUGUAGUCAUACCACUGCUGAAUCCAAUUAUAUACAGCCUGAGAAAUAAGGACUUGAAAAAGGUUGCCGGAAAAACUAUCAGAAAGUUUUUUUAA